CGCAGUCAGUGCCCUCAUGAGCUCGACCAUGCUCACGGAGCAGCAGUACUUGCGGGCAGCUGGCCACCGCCUCGCAUUGCGCUGCGCUUCAGCACCCUGCAUAGACUAUGUAGAGCUGCUCACACUAGUGACACUAGGAUGGGUACUCGCCGUAUGCAUGCGCAGACCUAACACUAUUCAAACCGAUAACUAUGAAUCAUGCAUCUGACGCUUCUCUUCCUUUUGCUCGUGACCAUCCUGGUUUUCGGCUUGCAGUCGCCUGUAACGACAGCGCAGAGCGUGAAGAACAAGUCGGAUGCUGUGUCAGUGCGGGUGGAGCAGGAUGCCACUGCACCACCUUCCACACACAAUGGGAGCACUCAGGAGGCCGAGCACACCAUCACAUACCCCUCUCGCCUCAUUUACUACCUGAACGAGGAAUCUGAGAGCACUUACCAUAACCUGAACACUCAGACCAAGAUUCCCGGCCAGCAGGGCCAGGUAGUUCAUUUGGCUCAAGCCAGUUUUCAGCUUGAAGCUUUUGGGUCUAGAUUCAUACUAGACAUCACAUUAAACAAUGACCUACUAUCCUCCGAUUAUGUGGAGAUUCACUAUGAGGAAGGAAAACCCAUCAUGUCGAAGGGUGGAGAGCACUGUUAUUACCGUGGCCAGGUGAGAGGGAAUGAAGCAUCUAGUGUAGCACUAUCAACCUGUGAUGGCUUGCAUGGCAUGUUUGAUGAUGGCAUUCAUGUGUAUUUUAUUGAGCCUUUGAAACACUUGAUUGAUGGAGCAGCUAGACCCCACAAACUGCACAGAAUGCCCAGCUUUCUAAGCUCUCAAAAGCCCAAAGAUGCAGAUACUGAGGACCAGCUGGAUGACAUGGCUUGGCUCCGGCGCAGGAAAAAGCGUGCUAUGCCAAGGAAUGUGUUUGAGGAGAUGAAAUAUAUCGAGCUCAUGAUUGUCAGUGACCACAAUAUGUUUAAAAGACAGAAGACCAAACAGCAGACACGCAACUUUGCAAAGUCUGUGGUCAAUCUGGUAGAUGGGGUCUUUACUGAACAACUGAACACACGUGUGGUACUGGUUGCUAUGGAAAUAUGGACUGAUAAGGACCGUAUUCCAGUCAGUGUGAUGCCACUGAACAUGCUAAGAGACUUUGCCAAAUAUCGACAGCAGCACAUAAGACAGCAUGCAGAUUCAGUGCACCUUCUCUCUAAUGUGACAUUUCACUACCGUCAGAGCAGCGCUGCAUUCUUCGGCGGCAUGUGUUCACUCAGUCGUGGGGUUGGAGUUAACGAGUAUGGAUCUGCUUGGACUGUGGCUGUCUCACUAUCCCAGAGUCUGGCCCAAAAUCUAGCCAUUCAGUGGGAUCCUACAUCCCACAAGAAUAAGGAGUGUGGCUGUGCUGACUCAUGGGUGGGUUGCAUCAUGGAGGACACUGGAGUGCUGCACCCACGAAGGUUUUCUAAGUGUAGUAUUUCCGACUAUAAGGAGUUCCUUCUGAAAGGUGGAGGAUCAUGCCUCUUCAACAGGCCUAACAAGCUGUUUGAGCCGACAGACUGUGGGAAUGGAUAUGUGGAGGUGGGAGAGGAGUGUGACUGCGGUGUAAGAGCUGAAUGCUAUAAGGAUUGCUGCAAGAAGUGUUCUCUCUCAAAUGGAGCACACUGUAGUGAUGGGCCUUGCUGCAACAGCACCUGUCUGGUGAUUUUACCCAGAGGUUUUAGCUGUCGCUAUGCAGUGAAUGACUGUGAUAUUUCCGAGACCUGCUCAGGAGACUCUGGGCAGUGUCCUUCUAACCUCCACAAACAGGAUGGCUCAUUAUGCCACCUUGACCAGGGACGCUGCUAUAGUGGAGAGUGUAAAACCAGAGAAAACCAGUGCAAAUAUGUGUGGGGUCCAAAGUCUGGGGGCUCGGAGAAAUUCUGUUAUGAGAAGUUGAACACAGAAGGAUCUGAGAAAGGGAACUGUGGGGAAGAUGGAGAUAAAUGGAUCCAAUGUGGAAAGCAUGAUGUGUUCUGUGGGUAUCUGCUGUGCACUAACAUUGGGCCAAUGCCUCGCAUGGGAAGAAUAAAGGGAGAGAUCACACCCACAUCCUUUAAUCAUCAGGGCCGACUGAUAGAAUGCAGUGGCGGUCACGUGUUAUUGGAUGACGACACUGAUCUGGGUUACGUAGAGGAUGGGACACCAUGUGGGCCGUCCAUGAUGUGCCUUGACCGUAAGUGUCUGCCCAUACAAUUCUUCAACAUGAGUGCCUGUCCUGCUGGACCCAAUGGUCGCAUCUGCUCAAGCCAUGGGGUGUGCAAUAAUGAGGCGACGUGUACGUGUGAUGUGACAUGGGCUGGGACUGACUGCAGCAUACCUGACCCUCCUAAAGUACCCCCUUCUAGUGAAGAUGAUGAGCCAAAGGGACCUAGUGCCACCAACCUGAUCAUUGGCUCCAUCGCUGGAGCCAUCCUGGUGGCAGCCAUAGUGCUGGGAGGGACAGGCUGGGGCUUUAAAAACGUCAAAAAGCGAAGGUAUGACCCGAACGCAUCCGCCAUCUAGUGGAGAAAAUGGAUGAUGAUCCUCCAAAGCUUCUUAAGUAAUCUAAAGCUGGACUACAAUUUUUGCUGCUCUUUUUGAGUUUUAAAGCAUAAUAUUUAAUAAAAUGAGAUCAAAUGGUAUACAGUAGAUAACAAAUCACAUAGUUUUGUAGAAUUGCAGCUUUUCAGCUCAAGUUUUAAAUCCCAAGAUCACCAAUUUGAUUUUAUUGUCAUGCCUCUUCAUUCAUAAUAAAAAAAAACACACUCUCAUCACCUCAUCACACCACAGAGCACCAGCUACUCUGACACCUUGGCCAAAGGGCUGCAUGGCUACCUAUGCUUACUGAUACUUGACAGAAAAGAGCAGUAAACCCUCUGAAAGGGAAAGAAGAAAAUGUCCUUUCACACAUAUUGGGGAACAAAUAGGCCAUUGCUUUGGUACUACAUCAGUGUGAAAGGGUGAGUUCUGCUCACUGAACUGCAGUUUAUACUCUGGGAUAGAUGUUAAAUCACUACAGACUGCAAUGUCUUCAGUGGUUUAUUACACCAAGUUGAACCCAGCUGCAUAUAGGCCUUAACAUAUUACACAUAUCACAUAGAGGCAGAAAGUAGACUUGACUCUACUGCUGCACAGGCAGAGAACGAGUUAAGAUGCUGAUCUAAAGAUCAUUUUACAAUGACGGUUUCAUCAUUAGGCUUUGCUUCUGAUGGAGCAUGUCAUUUAGUAGGCAUAGUUUGAAACGGUCAUAGAGCCAAUUUUUCAAGUUCAACACAAAUAUAUGUAGGUUUAAAUGUAUAGGUUUCAGAUAGGUAGGUAUAAUAAUCCAUAUCAGUUCAGUGAUUGCUGAGGAAAUCAAUCUGGAUAAGUGGUUUUUGACAGGGACUUAAAGCCAAAGAAACAUUUCAGGCUUUGGGGUGUCUAAUAGAGAACACCUUACCCAUUCUGUAGGAUUAAAGGCUUCCAAUUAAACAGAAAAUAAAAUUGCGGACAAUUUACCAUAUCAAAAUCUCCGGAGAUGUCAUGUAGCAGUAAGUCAAAAAGUGACUAACAUACAGUAUAAGCCUGAAGAUAUUUCAUAAUUUAUCCUCAUUCUGAACCAGUUUAGUUGGUCUACACUGCUGAAGCAAUUAUAAGUAAACUUCUUCAAAUGUUCACUGCAAGUUCUGUCACGUUGACUUAUUGGUGCGGAACAAUUUGGUACCCGGAAGAUUAAAACCAUUCAUAGACAUCCCGGAAUAAUAUGGGCUCACACAAACACAUACAUGUUUCAUUUUGAUCUUGGAUAAGGUCUUGUACCAAUCUUGUGGCACUUCAUUUAGCUCUAACUGCUAAACCUUUAAGGGGCAAUUGCUUUGCUGCAUGCAUUCACAAUAGUUGACUUAUUACUAUGUAAAACAGUCCCCGAACCCAAUAAGAAACAUAUACUACAAAAGGAUACCUGUGCAUGUCAGCAACAGAACAACUUUUAUUUACUAUGCAAAAAAAGAGAAAAAGAAAUAAAAAAUAUUGCACAACCUCAACUAAAUAAACUAAUGACAAUACACCAAGAUUGCCUGUAAGGGCAUUCUCAUCUUCUUCCUCUUCUUCUUCCUCUUCUUCCUUCUCUUUUUUAUAUUAUCCAAACUAUUAAAUAUAUUGUUUUGCUUCAUAUUACAGAAAAUUGGUUUUGUGGGUAUUAAAUGAAUGUAUUUUGAUUUUAUAGGAGGGAAUGUAUUGUGUCAGGUUUGGAAUAAAUCUGGUAAUUAUU